UCACUUUUUUGUAUCGUAAUGUGACAUUUGAAGAGUAUCAAUUAUUUACUUAUUUAAAAAAGUUAUGAAAAAGUAAUAUUAAUUACUUCUUUCCAUACAGUUGGUUGUAAGUGACUCACAAUCUACAAGUUCCAUAGAAAAUCAUUCCCCAGUGAUCAAGAAGAAUAAGAAGAGGGAAACGGAAUUACUGCUAAGAAGACUGGUGCAAAGGAUCACUCAACAAAAACAACUUAUUGUACGGAAUUUGGACAAUCAGUGCCCUAAAGCACAUUUAGAUUCUCAGAUAGCUGUAUUGCAAGAACUGCAAAGACAGUACAUGUCCCUAAAAUAUGGUUGUGUGUCAUCUUUGUCUCCUACAACGGAGCACCCUCUGCAAGAUAUCGACAGUCCCAGUCCCAUUAGGCCUUUACAUACGGGAUCCACAUCUGCCUUAUAUUCUCCGCCGCUUCAUAAUCAACGAUUGUCUCCCUACAACCAGAGUUUAUACAGAUCAAUGCCAUCCAUAACAACCGAUGUAGACUGGGAUUCAGUUGUAUCUAUAACGAGCUAUUGCCUUAGAGGAGCCGGGAGCAGUACGCAUUACGAGUAUGAGGUUAGGAUAUACACUGUUGACGAUCGGUGGUGCAUUCUUCGGAGAUACAGUCGAUUUAGGGAUCUGCAUAUUGCAAUGAAGGCUCGGUAUAGGGACAAG